AUAAUUAACAACAAUUUUUUCUUAGUAUCCCGAAUGCUCAAAGAUGACAGUGCUCAAAUAUACUCUAUUCGCGAUUUCAACAAGGGUCGGCUGAAGAAAUGGCUUCGUAGUAAUUUUAAGAUGCAUGAGUACGUCGAAGAUAUGGAUACUAUCACGAUGCCCAGAGAGAAAUACGCGCAGUUGACGGAGUCGGCGAAAGGAUAUCAUAUUGUGAUGAAAACUUCAGACGUAUGUAUAGCUCGGGUCAUAUACGAGUCGGAACCAAUAGACGUCUCCGAGGUGAAGUCGUGUCGUUCGGACAAGUAUUGUUACAAAGGUAUCCACUCUACCCCUUCAAUAUCAUAUUACUUAACUCACAGACUUCUGAAUAUAAUGCUACGAAACCAGGUGCGUCGUUGCUACAUGACUAGUGUCGCUGAGGACGACUCCCUCAUGGACCAGCUAUGUUCCUUCAUGUACAGAGAGGCAGUAUACUUAGCACGAAGAGGAUUCUUUGCCAGGGACUUAUUUUUAGAACACUUAACGCUUUGCGGGAUGUUAGGCUAUGAAGAAUUCCAUCGUCGUAAUUGGUACAAGAAGAUCGUAAGUUGGAUGGAUCAGAAGGGCUGUAUUAAAGAAUCACGUAACUUCAACUAUAAUAGCACUGCUAUAUUUAUCAAGCGUAUUGGAGAAGGCAACAAACUAGUCAAACACGUUAGAAAGAAGUUCUACAGAGACCUUCUUGAGGAUUGUGAUACUCAUCCUAUGGCACUUCUUAUGGUCGUACUUGCUCAUGGGAUUAGAUACGCGGCCCAUCAUUUACCUUUCAAUAAUUGAAGUAAGAAUUGCUGAACGGCGGGAGAAAAAUUAGUAAGUAUCCUAU